AUGUCGUCCAGUCUUUCCAAAGCAGACAUCCUAUGGUGGAACUCCAGAAACUUCGACGUCCUCUGUCCACACUGCAAAGAUAUCCACCGCCAUGACAUAAACUGGGACGGUCCUAAAACUCGAAUCCAACAUUGCGAGAACCAACAGGAAUAUGUCUGCUGCUUCCCGAUCAGUGACGAUGGGUCUGCUGCAUAUGAAAUCGACAAGGAGCGAGCAAGGUUUGUCAGUACCUUUGCUCUGGGUUAUACUGGAGUCGUUGGAGUGGAUACCCUGGCGGAUGACUUUGCAGCGAGUGUCAAUAUCGGAGCUCAUAAUGGAGGUGAUCGAGCGGAGCAUGGUCCGAGGAUUAACGAGGAUUCCCAUGACAUGGUGAAAAUGAAGGUCGGGGAUGAUGGGGAGCCGUUCCAGCAAUCACCCUUAAAUGAUCACAUAUUCUUUCCGGGGCCUAAUGCAGAUUACCCGAUGACCGUACCAACAAACAACGUGGCCAGAUUAGAAAGAGGCGGCAAAUACCCCACUGUUGCAGCUAUGAGUGGAUGGACACAUGGUUCGGGGCCGUCUCCAGAUGCACUAAUCAGUGGUCAGCAAUGGACGAAGGAGGUUUUUUAUAUCGCCAGCGUUAUCGGCCACGAACUCCCUCCCAUCGAACACUAUGAUGGCAGUCAACCGGGAAGAUACAAUGCCUGCCAUGCAGAGAAGCAACUGAUUGCCUAUUUCCUUGAUCGCCAUGUGUUUCUGCCCCGCGACGUGGAGCCGGAUAUGUAA